AUGAAUAGGGAUUCCUUAGGACAGAUUGGAAAGGGCGGUUCUAGGAGCCCUGGAGAUCUAGGAGCUCUGAAAGGGAAGGAAGUACUAGAAUAUGCUGAAGAUGCUGCGGAAGGGCGAUUGCUGGGAGUGGACAUGGGCCAGAUGAAGUCGCUUGGAGAAGGAACAAGUAAGGCAGUGGGAAUGGUGGCAGCAGAAGCUGGUGAAAGAUCAGGUACUGUAGGGUCAGCGUUACUUGGUAAAGUUGCAGACGAGGGAGGAGGAGAAGGAGGAGGAGGAAAAGGAGGAGGAGAAGGAGUAGGAGGAGGAGGAGGAGGAGGAGGAGGAGGAGGAGGAGGAGGAGGAGGAGGAGGAGGAGGAGGAGGAGGAGGAGGAGGAGGAGGAGGAAGGGGGGCAGGAGGGGUGUGCAUAGCAGCAGAAGCGCCAGCAGUCAGUGUUCAGAAUGGACCAGCUUAUUCUCCUUAUUGCAGCUCCACUUUCAGCAGCAGCAGCUCCGACAGAACCGCCCCUUUCUCCUCUGCCCCUUCUCCCUUUGCUUCUUUUCGACACGCCUCCCUUCCUGCGACCUCUACUCCUUCCACCUCCACCGAUGUGCUACACUCCACCCUUCCUCCUUCCACUGGCCCUUCCAUCUCUACUUCUUUCCUGCACUCCUCCCUUCCUGCUGCCUCUGCUCCUUCCACCUCCACCGAUGUGCUACACUCCACCCUUCCUCCUUCCACUGCCCCUUCCAUCUCUACUUCUUUCCUGCACUCCUCCCUUCCUGCUGCCUCUGCUCCUUCCACCUCCACCGAUGUGCUACACUCCACCCUUCCUCCUUCCACUGCCCCUUCCAUCUCUACUUCUUUCCUGCACUCCUCCCUUCCUGCUGCCUCUGCUCCUUCCACCUCCACCGAUGUGCUACACUCCACCCUUCCUCCUUCCACUGCCCCUUCUAUCUCUACUUCUUUCCUGCACUCCUCCCUUCCUGCUGCCUCUGCUCCUUCCACCUCCACCGAUGUGCUACACUCCACCCUUCCUCCUUCCACUGCCCCUUCCAUCUCUACUUCUUUCCUGCACUCCUCCCUUCCUGCUGCCUCUGCUCCUUCCACCUCCACCGAUGUGCUACACUCCACCCUUCCUCCUUCCACUGGCCCUUCCAUCUCUACUUCUUUCCUGCACUCCUCCCUUCCUGCUGCCUCUGCUCCUUCCACCUCCACCGAUGUGCUACACUCCACCCUUCCUCCUUCCACUGGCCCUUCCAUCUCUACUUCUUUCCUACACUCCUCCCUUCCUGCUGCCUCUGCCCCUUCCGCCUCCACCGAUGUGCCACACUCCACCCUUCCUCCUUCCACUGCCCCUUCCAUCUCUACUUCUUUCCUACACUCCACCCUUCCUCCUUCCACUGCCGCUUCGACCUCUACUUCUUUCCUACACUCCACCCUUCCUGCUACCUGGGAUUACAAUGUCGCUGUAUCUGGGAAAUUGAUGAUGCAAGGAGAGGAUGCAUCGGUGCAAGAAGCAGAGGAGAUGGUGGAGACACAUCGGCUGCAGCAGCGACAGUGGCGGCGGCAGCAGAAGCAACAGCAUCAGCAGCAGCAGCAGCAGCAGCAGCAGCAGCAGCAGCAGCAGCACCAGCAGCAGCAGCAGCAGCAGCAGCAGCAGCAGCAGCAGCAGCAGCAGCAGCAGCAGCAGCAGCAGCAGCAGCAGCAGCAGCAGCAGCAGCAGCAGCAGCAGCAGCAGCAGCAGAAGCAGCGACAACAGGGGCCGCAGCAGGGUCGGCAGCAGAAACAGCAGCAGCAGCGCCAUGCGUCAAGCUUCUGGCAACAAAAUUCAGAAGUUGAAACAGCAGUCGCAUGCCAUGCAGCAGCAGCAGCAGCAGCAGCAGCAGCAGCAGCAGCAGCAGCAGCAGCAGCAGCAGCAGCAGCAGCAGCAGCAGCAGCAGCAGCAGAAGCAGCAGAAGCAGCAGAAGCAGCAGAAGCAGCAGUCGCAUGCCAUUCAGCAGAAUGA